GAGUUUUGUAGCAAAGAGCACUUUGUUUAUUGGUAUCUGCAAUUAACAUCAAAAAUUUUAAAUCAGACCAGAAAAACUACAAUCAAUGCAUCUUUAUUCUAUAAAAAUAUACUCACCCUUUCUUUGUAUUUUCAGCUCCUGACUGUCUGAAGACCAAGAUGUCUGAACUUCGUCUGUACUGCGACCUUCUUGUCCAACAAGUCCAGACCAUCCAAUCACAAAACAGUAAUGAUCCAGAAGAGCCUGCGACCUCAGAGGCUUCCCUUCUCCGGGCCACUUGUGCAACUUUUAUCAGGACAUUGGAGGACUGCAUUACCCUGGCUAACCAGAGUUUGACCCCUGACCUCAGACCUCCUGAAAAGAUGAAGAGGUCCAUCAGUCACCCUGGAACAUACAGUUUUGACAGAUCGUGUGUGCUGAAGGAGUAUGGGAGAUCAUCCCACCGCAGAAGCCGGACUUGCUCUGACAGCUCUGUUUAUGACACCGAGCAUGUCCUGCCCGCCCCGUACAUUGACUCAUUCUCCAUUCCUGAGGAGAGAGGAAUCAGUGUUAGCCUGAAGAACACACCCACUGACACAGACACAGACUUGUCCAUCUGAAAACCUUCCUACGGACGACCAGAUCCUGCUAGGCUCUGGACACAGAACGGCCAAGUCAUCUCCUUCUAUUUAGGCGAAGGAUGGAGUGACUUCAAACGUGACGUUUUUAUUCCCAGCACACGCACUUUAAAUGACGGUCAAUCUGUGCUACGACACAUGCUACACACACUGGAUCAAUAAGACGGACUGAAGAGGAAGGUGAACGAUGACUUGGAGCAGUUAAAGUCGCAACAGAAACCCAAACUCAACUGAAGCAAACUUUUAAAUGUGAGGUUGUGUGAUUGUUUAAGCUCGAUGCACUUUAACCAAAAGCGAAGAAAUGCUAAAUGCUAGUUUGCUAUACAACGUGAGAAGCAGGUGCAUGCUAAUUUCACACCAGUAUUGUAAAUCUUCUUAAAACGUAUGAGCCUAUUUUCAUGUGUAUUUUUAUAUACUGUAUAAGUAAUUUAUUUUUCAGUUUUGCCAAUGCUUUUUCAAUUAAGCUUUUCACGUGAUAUAUUCAUCCCUUGCAUGUCUAUGAAAAUUCUCAGUCAUGCAGCUCAUGGUCAAGGUUGAAGAGUUCCAUUAGGCAACUGGACGUGACAUUUUCUCAAAGAAGACAUAUUACCUCUCAUACAAGAGGCUUCUUCAGGCCUUAGAUGAGGGGUGAAACGUCUUCUUUGAUAAAAGUUCACAUCCAGUUGCCUAACAGAACUCUUAAACCUCUUGCAUGUUUCUGUAUGGGGGUCGUUGUUUUGUGUGUAUUAUUUGUGCUAUGGAUAUACAAGUGAUUACACUUGUAUAUGAAUACAUGUAUGUGCUAAAUACAUACUUACAUAUAUACAAUGUAUGUGAAUACAGUGGACAUUUUUUUUAAAAUUUGAUUUCUGUUAACCUUUUCUCUUUGUGUACUGGGACUUCAUCUUUAAAGUAAAUAAAAAUAUUUCUCUGCAACUA